GAAGGGAAGGGGUGGAGCCCCGAUUGUAGUUCCUUACGAAAUCAUGGCGGCGCCCACAGCACCACCCGGAAGCUCUGCAGGCUAGGUCGGAAGUGGCGCGCAGCAGGCGGGGCGGGCAUCAUGGCCGACGAGGAGGAGGACGCGCCGUUCGAGGAAGACGCGGAGGAGGCGGGUGGAGGCCUGGACGGCGGGCAGGGCAAGCGCAAACGCCUCUUCUCCAAGGAGCUGCGCUGCAUGAUGUACGGCUUCGGGGACGACCAGAACCCCUACACCGAGGCCGUGGACAUCCUGGAGGACCUGGUCAUCGAGUUCAUCACCGAGAUGACUCACAAGGCCAUGUCAAUCGGGCGGCAGGGUCGUGUUCAAGUUGAAGACAUCGUCUUUUUGAUCCGCAAGGACCCACGGAAGUUUGCCAGAGUUAAAGAUCUCUUGACAAUGAAUGAAGAACUCAAACGGGCCAGGAAGGCUUUUGAUGAAGCCAACUAUGGAUCUUGAUGCCUUGCCUUUGUGUGGUGCAAAGAUGGUAUUCUGGUUCUCAUUAGCACAGAUGCUUUUAGAUCUCAGAUCCCACAAGUGGAUUUCAAAAGAGUGGGUGGAAAAAUUUUGUCUGGACAUGUUUGACCAAAUGUACUGUAUACCUCUCCAAGUACAAACUACUAGGAGUUUUGCUUUUCCAUGUCUCCACCCUGCUGAUGGGUAUUUGAAUAAAAUGUUUUAACACAUCA